CUCUACGAUCUGGGUAGGCAGGCUGGAGUAGCGUUCCAACAAAAGUGUCGACCAAGUCAGCGGCACGGAUUUUAACUUUCUUUUGCACAAUUAACCCGAAGAAUGGAGACCGAGUUAUGGAAUUAAAGCCAAGAGCAUUUGAAAUGGAUGUUUUACUUGUGGAAUUAUUGUUUUAUAGUUUCUUGCUCUCUGUAGUUCAUGGAGCCCCGCUGCUGCUGUUUGCCAACCGGCGGGACGUGAGGCUGGUGGACGCGGAGGUCGUGAGGCCGGAGUCUGUCGUAGUGGUCAGUGAUCUGGAGGAUGCAGCGGCGGUGGACUUCCUCUACUCUGAAGGGCUCAUCUUCUGGACUGAUGUCAGCGAGGAGGCCAUCAAACAGACCUACUACAAUCAAUCCACCAACUCCCUGAAAGAGGCCUUAGGGACUGGUCAGACCAUCAUUGUGUCUGGCCUGGACUCACCAGAUGGGCUGGCUUGUGAUUGGCUGGGCCGUAAACUAUACUGGACCGACUCCGAGACCAACCGCAUUGAAGUAGCCAACCUGGAUGGCACCUCACGGAAGGUGUUGUUCUGGUUGGACCUGGACCAACCCCGGGCUAUCGCCCUUAACCCAGCCCACCGUUACAUGUACUGGACAGACUGGGGGGAGGAGCCACGCAUUGAGAGGGCCGGGAUGGAUGGCAGCAACAGGAAGGUCAUCGUGGAGGUGGACAUCUACUGGCCGAAUGGACUUACCAUUGACCUGGACGAACAGAAACUGUACUGGGCCGACGCCAAGCUAAGCUUCAUACACAGAGCCAACCUAGACGGCUCCUCACGGGAGACUGUAGUGGAAGGAACCCUCACCCACCCGUUUGCCCUCACCCUGUCGGAGGAGACUCUGUACUGGACGGACUGGCAGACCCGCUCCAUCCACGCCUGCAACAAGCACACGGGUGACAAGCGCCGUGAGAUCCUGAGCGGAAUCUACUCCCCCAUGGACAUCCAGGUCCUGGGACCUGAUAGACAGCCACACAUUCAAACUCCCUGCAGCGACGCCAAUGGAGGCUGCUCCCACCUGUGCCUGCUGUCACCCAUCCAGCCCUUCUACAGCUGCGCCUGCCCCACUGGAGUCAAGCUCCAGGAGGAUGGGAAGACCUGUCGCCCAGGGGCAGAGCAGGUUCUUCUGCUGGCCAGGCGGACUGACCUCAGGAGGAUAUCACUGGACCUCCCAGACUUCACCGACAUUGUUCUGCAAGUGGACGACAUCCGCCAUGCCAUAGCCAUCGACUACGACCCCGUGGAUGGAUACGUGUACUGGACAGAUGACGAUGUCAAAGCCAUCCGCCGCUCUCGCAUCGACGGCACCGAGGCCCAAACCCUGGUCACCGAAGAAAUCAACCACCCAGAUGGCAUCGCCGUGGACUGGGUGGCCCGGAACCUGUACUGGACGGAUACUGGCACCGACCGCAUCGAGGUUACCAGGCUGAAUGGAACCUCCCGACGGAUUCUGAUCAAAGAGAACCUGGAUGAACCCAGGGCCAUUGUGCUGGACCCUGUCAAUGGGUACAUGUACUGGACCGACUGGGGAGAGAAGCCCAAAAUAGAGCGAGCUAACCUGGAUGGAACGGAGCGGCUGGUGCUGCUCAACACCUCCCUGGGUUGGCCAAACGGUUUAGCCAUUGACUAUGAAGCAGGAAAACUGUACUGGGGUGACGCCAAGACAGAUAAAAUUGAGGUGAUCAACGUGGACGGCUCGGACAGGAUGACCCUGCUGGAGGACAAGCUGCCGCACAUCUUUGGCUUCACGCUGCUGGGCGACUACAUCUACUGGACCGACUGGCAGCGCAGGAGCAUCGAGAGGGUCCACAAGACCAACGCCAUCCGGGAGAUCAUCAUCGACCAGCUGCCUGACCUAAUGGGCCUCAAGGCCGCCCGGGUCACAGAGACCUUCGGCACCAACGGCUGUGCUGAGGACAACGGGGGCUGCAGCCACCUGUGUUUCCACCGGCCCCAGGGUCUGCAGUGCGCCUGCCCCAUGGGCCUGGAGCUGCUCAGUGACCUCAGGACGUGCAUAGUGCCCGAGGCCUUCCUGCUGUUCACCAACCGCGCGGACAUCCGCUCCAUCUCCCUGGGAACCAACUCCAACGACGUGGCCAUCCCCCUCACCGGCGUCAAGGAGGCCUCUGCCCUGGACUUUGACGUCUCCGAAAACAGGAUCUAUUGGACCGAUGUCAGCACCAAGACAAUCAGCAGGGCCUUCAUGAAUGGCAGCUCUGUGGAGCACGUCAUUGAGUUUGGCCUGGACUACCCUGAAGGCAUGGCGGUGGACUGGAUGGGCAGGAACGUGUACUGGGCCGACACCGGUACCAACAGGAUCGAGGUGGCCCGGCUGGAUGGACAGUACCGGCAGGUCUUGGUGUGUAAGGACCUGGACAACCCUCGCUCCCUCGCCCUGGACCCAGCCAACGGCUACAUGUACUGGACCGAGUGGGGAGGGAAACCCCGGAUCGCUCGGGCCCACAUGGACGGCAGCACCAUCGUGACGCUGGUGGACAAAGUGGGCCGGGCCAAUGGCCUCACCAUCGACUACAUCGACCAGAGGCUGUACUGGACGGACUUGGACACCUGCAUGAUCGAGUCCACCAACAUGCAAGGUCUGCAGAGGGAGAUUGUGGCUGACGACCUGCCCCACCCCUUCGGCCUGACCCAGUACCGUGACUACAUCUACUGGACCGACUGGAACCUGCGCAGCAUCGAGCGGGCCGACAAGCGCUCUGGCCUGAAUCGCACCAUGGUCCAGGGCCACCUGGAGUACGUCAUGGACAUCCUGGUCUUCCACUCCUCCCGCCAGGACGGCGCCAACGACUGCUCCCACAACAACGGCGACUGUGCCCACCUGUGCCUGGCUUCGCCCGCCGGUGCCCAGUGCCGCUGCGCCUCCCACUACACCCUGGACUCCAACAGCAGAAACUGCAGCUCCCCCUCCAGCUUCCUCCUGUUCAGCCAGAAGGCCUCCAUCAGCCGCAUGGUUCUGGGGGAGCAGAGCCCGGACAUCAUCCUGCCCAUCCACGUCAUCCGCAACGUCCGGGCCGUGAACUACGACCCCCUGGAGCACCUGGUCUACUGGGUGGACGGAAAGCAGAACAUCAGGAGGGCCCUGGACGACGGCACACAGUCCUCUGUAGUGGUGUCCAGCGCCUCCACCCAUCAACAAAUGCCGGACCGGCAGCCCCACGACCUAAGCUUGGACCCCUACAGCCGCACCGUCUACUGGACCUGCGAGGCCACCAACACCAUCAACCUCCAGCGGCUAGACGGCGACAGCGUGGGCGUAGUACUGAGGGACGAGCAUGACAAACCCCGCGCCAUCGUGGUCAAUGCCGAGCACGGGUACAUGUACUUCACCACCAUGCAGGAUCGGUCCGCUAAGAUCGAGGGAGCGUCUCUGGACGGGACGGAGCGUGAGUCUCUGUUCACCACAGGCCUGAUCCGGCCCGUGGCCCUGGCCCUGGACAACAAACUUGGAAAGCUCUUCUGGGUUGACGCUGACUUGAAGCGCAUUGAGAGCAGUGACCUCACCGGAGCCAAUCGAAUCGUUCUCCAGGACUCUAACAUCCUGCAGCCCAUGGGUCUAACGGUGCUGGGCGAACACCUAUACUGGAUCGACAGACAGCAGCAGAUGAUUGAGAGGGUGGACAAGCUGACGGGCGAGAAGAGGACCCGCAUUCAGGGACGCAUCUCCUACCUGACCAGCAUCCACGCUGUGGAAAACAUGGACUACACCGAGUUUGCAUCGCAUCCCUGUUCCCGCGACAACGGAGGCUGCUCUCACAUCUGCAUCGCCAAAGGAGACGGGACGCCGCGCUGCUCCUGUCCCAUGCACCUGGUCCUCCUGCCCAACCUGCUAGUCUGCGGAGAGCCGCCCACCUGCUCCACGGAGCAGUUCACCUGCGCCACUGGGGACAUUGACUGCAUCCCCAUGGCGUGGCGAUGCGACGGCCUGGCCGAGUGCGACGACAACAGCGACGAGGAGAACUGCCCCGUGUGUUCGGCUUUCCAGUUUCAGUGCGACAAGGGCCAGUGUGUGGACGCGCAGCUGCGGUGCAACGGCGAGCCGGACUGCGCCGACAACUCGGACGAACAGGACUGUGACACCAUCUGCCUGCCCAACCAGUUCCGCUGCAACAACAACCAAUGCAUCCUGAAGAAACAGCACUGUGACUCGUACAACGACUGUGCGGACAACUCGGACGAGAUCUUCUGCGAAUUCCUCACCCCCUCGUCAAACGACGUCCACUCGUCGUCUCACGGCAGCACCAUCGGGCCAGUCAUCGGCAUCAUCCUGUCCGUCUUCGUGAUGGGAGGCAUGUACUUCGUGUGCCAGCGGGUCGUGGGCCGCCGCUACAAAGGUCCCAACGGAGCCUUCCCCCACGAGUACAUCAGCGGCACGCCACACGUGCCCCUCAACUUCAUCGCCCCGAGCAGCUCGCAGCACGGGACCUUCACAGGUAUCUCGUGCGGGAAGUCUAUGAUGAGUUCGGUCAGUCUGAUGGGAAGCAGCAGCAGCGGAGCGCCGCUGUACGACAGGAACCACGUGACGGGGGCCUCCUCCAGCAGCUCUUCCAGCACCAAGGGCGCCUUCUACCCCCAGAUGCUCAACCCGCCUCCGUCUCCAGCCACUGACCGUUCCCUGUAUAACGCCGAGAUCUUCUACUCCUCCAACAGUCCCUCCACCACCAGGUCGUACAGGCCUUACCUGAUGCGAGGCGUGGCGCCCCCCACCACCCCCUGCAGCACCGACGUCUGCGACAGCGACUACACCACCAGUCGCUGGAAGAGCAACAAAUACUACAUGGACCUAAACUCCGACUCGGACCCCUACCCUCCGCCUCCUACCCCCCGGAGCCAGUACCUGUCAGCCGAGGAGAGCUGCCCGCCUUCUCCUUCCACGGAGCGCAGUUACUUCCACCUCUGUCCCCCGCCCCCCUCACCUUGCACUGACUCCUCAUGACACCCGGGGAAAUAGCCAUGUCUGUAAAUAGUUUUAAAUAUGAACAAAUGAGAUAAUUAUAUUUUAUUCAUUUCCGCUGAUUGCCAUGGAUUAAAGUGGGGACGGGGAUGAGAUAGGACCAGAUCAAGUGAGAAGUUGUUGUACAGUGUGGAUUGGAUUUUCGUUUUGUCAUGUUUCCCGCCCUCGUUUCAGAUGGAGUAUCCCUCUAAUUAGAGACUACUUUAAUUUUUACUCCAUUCCUUUGACAUUUCUUUGUUCUUUCAGCAAAGUACUAUAGAACCUUCCUCAAAGACAGUGAGAUUUUUAAGAAAGUUCUGUCACCGAUAUUGGUUUGUGGAAAUUCUUAAUUCACAAAUGUUGCACUGGUAAUGUGUUCAGCUACAUUAUCAUUACAAAUACCAAAAUAUUUUUUUGCGAAAAAAAGAAAAAUGUAUAUAUUUGUAAUUAAGUAAAUAAUGAGUUUUUCAUAACAGCCAUGAGAUGUUCUUAUUAAUUUUCUUUGUGAAUUUAAAAUGGUCCCGAGCAUAUGUUUGUUUGGUUUAUAGUUUACCAAAAGUCUGUUUGCUGCUACUGUACAUACUUUACUCUGAAUUAUGAAAACACUUAAAAAAGAAUGCACCCAAGAAAAUAAUUUGCAUAUUAAGACUGACAAUAGAUUAUGAAGAUUAUUUUACUGUUUUAAUUAUUCGUAUAGCAUUAUUACAAUUGUUUUAGUUUUUCGUGUAGAAAUGUGUAAACAUGUUGAUAUGUGAAAUUAUGUAAAGUGUUGUGAAGGAGUCUGGACAAACUCAUCAAUCUAAAAUGACAAAUGAGACAAAUUGCUUUGUAGUUUUCAGUAAGAAAGCUAUUCUGUCAUCUUUAAUUAAUGUUUGAAAAACAGGAUGAUUAAACUGUAGUGAAACCCUCACUACCCACACUUAAUCAUUUUCAAUAUAUUUCAUCGAAGUGGUAAAUUUCAUGCCCCUACAAAAUCAAGGCUUCAUUAUUGUAUAUCUUUGGUAGGUAUGCAAGCUGUCAAUGUUGCCAAAUUGAGCACUUAAACUAAAAAUGAACUAUACAACCAGUUAUGAAAUGUGAACAGUGAAUGUAAAAUGACUAUGGAACAUGUAGAGGGGAAUGUUUUGAAUUCACACAUUCUCUUCAUGCUUCUUUCCGAGGUUCCUCUUGGCCAUUUUGAUAUUUUUAUGUACAAGCAAUUAACAGUGGUGCUGACAUAACAUUAAAUGAAAUAAUGUUUAAUUGUAACACAGUGAUCAAAAGCAUCAGUCUUCCAUCUUGUUGGUUGAACACCUCUUGCUUCUCCUGUAGAAUGUCUUUGGGUUCCUCAGACCUUUACCACACAACCCGCUGCCCUGCCCAUUUGAAGCCAUGUCCUUACUGGACACAGGCAUCUCCAGCUGUACUUCAUUGUGCCAGUAUAUACUGUAGAUGCUCACCUAAACCUUUUGUGUUUUGUGUCUAAAUGCCUUGUGUACUUUACACUUGUGACCAUUUUUGUAUCAAAAGCAUUUUUUAUAUAAUAAAGGUUCUAUUUU